AUGUUUUGCAGACUGCGCACGCUGGAAGAGCAAUACGCUCAGCUGCAAAUUGAUGCUAACAAAUGGCGAAGUGAACUUGAUGCAGUACAGAGGGAGAACGAUGUACUGAGAAGCACCAAUGCUAAUCUUGAUUCGGAGAACAACCGUCUCAAGAACCGCCUCAAAACUGCUGAGGAUUCAAUUAAGGAGCUGAAAAACAGCUUGAAUCAUCUGAAACAGGAGCGUGAACGCCUCCAGAAUGCAUACAGGGACAAAGCCAAGCAGGCCGACCACCUUCAACAACUCUCCCAACAAUUUGAUUCCAAACUGCAGAAACUUCGCCAGGAACUGCAGGAAACUUCAGACAAACUCAUCACUGCCGAUACGGAACGCUCUACUCUCCGUACAGAACUCGCGAAACUUCAGCAGGAACUCAAAUUUGGUGCUGAACAGAUGCAGAGGAAGACGGACGAGUAUCAGUCGACACUCGAUGAUCUAGCUAAUGCGCACCGAGUUUCUGAAGACGGCCGACUCAACGCUUUGCAAGAACUCGAAAGUCGCAAGUAUGAGAUGAGCGACCUGCAGUCACGACUAGAAAGCACCGAGCAACGCCUAAUCACUCUACAACAAGAUUUCAUCAAUGUUGAUUCCGAGAGAGAUUCGUUGGCAGAUGCAUUGCGGCGAUUCCAGGCUUCUGCCAGCCGCGUCAUCAACCUCAACCGCUUCCGCCAAGACAUCAUCGAAGGAGGCGAGCCACGUGACGGACGUGAGGUGGAUAUUCCAAGAGGCACUGCCGAAGAGGAUGUACAAUAUCCACGCUCCGUGCCGUUCCCCGUCGGCAUCGAUUACACUGGCACCCAUGUGGGCGCAGGCGGUCGCGUAGCCACAACACUUACUGGAACGACUACUGUCAACAUCAAUGACACCGUCAACGUUUCUCAGCUCGAAGAUACGCUCCAUCAACUCGUCGGAAGAAUUGAAAAAUUGGAGCUUGAAAGA